GUCAUGAGGGAGGCUAUCUCACCUUCUCGAAGGCUGGCAGUAACAUUACGGUUCCUGGCGACUGGGGAAUCUUUUAAGAGUCUGGCUUUCAGCCACAGAAUUGCACAGCCUACCAUUUCAAAUGUUAUUGUGGAUGUAUGCACUGCAAUUUGCGAAACUUUAAAGGACCAAUACUUAAAGGCACCAUCAACAGAAGAAGAGUGGAACAAAAUUGCCAAAGAAUUUGAUGAACUGUGGCAGUUCCCAAACUGCAUUGGUGCAAUGGAUGGGAAACACAUAGCAUUUGCCCCACCACAAACUGCUGGCUCAACAUACUUCAAUUAUAAAAAGUUCCACAGUGUUGUUUUACUAGCUAUUGUGGACGCUAGGUACCGAUUCUCUUUGAUUGACAUUGGGUGCAAUGGAAGAGUGAGUGAUGGUGGGGUGUAUGCAAACAGCCUGAUCAGCAGUGCACUUCGGGAAAACUGGUUGAAGACUUUAUGCAUACUGCACAACUACUUGAUUGAAGAGGCAGACACCACAUAUGUGACAGCUGCUGAUACAGAAAACACAGACUUGUGCACCAUUAACAAUGGUUCCUGGCGAGGAGAGAAAUCUCUCUCUAGCAUACCCCAGCAGAGUGGAAAUCGCACGUCACUGUGUGCCAGGGAAGUGCGCGAAAAAUUUUGUGAAUUCUUUAGUACAACAGGUUAUGUUUCAUGGCAGUGGGAAGCCAUUAAGAAGUACAACUUUUAA